CUCAGGUGUUUCUGCAAAUAUGAAGAAAAAGAACUCCCACAAUUAUCUGAAACAUCGUUCAGGAAACAAAAGAACAGCAUGGGCCCCAACAAGGCAGUGUCGUCGGCGCCACGGCGUAACAUCGUGGGCUGUCGUAUCCAGCACAUCUGGAAGGAGGGGAGCGCUACAUCUCAGUCGCAGUGGAAAGGCACGGUGCUGGACCAGGUGCCCGUCAACCCCUCGCUCUACCUCAUCAAGUACGACGGCUUCGACUGUGUCUAUGGCCUGGAGCUGCAUAAAGAUGAGAGGGUACAGGGCCUCGAGGUGCUCCCUGACCGUCAAUCCUCUACGCGCAUCAGCGACGUCAACCUGGCUGACACGAUGAUAGGGAAGGCAGUGGAGCACAUGUUUGAGACGGAGGACGGAACUAAAGACGAGUGGAGGGGCAUGGUUCUGGCCCGGGCACCCAUCAUGAAUACCUGGUUCUUUAUCACCUACGAGAAAGACCCCGUCCUGUACAUGUACCAGCUCCUAGACGACUACAAGGAGGGAGACCUGAGGAUCAUGCCUGACUCAAAUGACGCUACGCCGGCGGAGCGGGAGCCGGGGGAGGUGGUGGACAGUCUGGUGGGGAAACAGGUUGAGUACGCUAAAGAGGACGGCUCCAAACGAACCGGCAUGGUCAUCCACCAGGUGGAGGCCAAACCCUCCGUCUACUUCAUCAAGUUCGACGACGACUUCCACAUCUACGUCUACGACCUGGUCAAGACCUCCUAAGGGCCACCUUUGACCUCUGACCCCCUUUUCACACUACUGAGCCGAAUCGAGCAGUGCUGGUCUGUUUACGCGUCUAUCCGCCAUUGAUGAAAAGGACUAUGUGGGGGAAAAAUAUUUCAUAGCGAGCCAGUAUAGCCUGGUUCGGGUCAGCACGGUAGUGUGAAAAGGCUACUGGGUCGAUGGGCCCAGAGGACAGGAGGCCUGUCUGGGGAGUUAACGAUGGAUGCGGAGGUUGUGGGGAAACUCUACCAUGCAGGAAAGACGAUCAACCACCACCAUCACCACAUGGAACCUUAUCUUAUCCACCAAUUUUCCCAAAAUAUCUCUUCAACGUUUCGUGCAAAUGCUUCUUUGAGAUGUGACAGACGGACAGCUGGAUUGGAUAUUUCACUGAAGCCUUUGGAUUUCUAGUCAUGAAACAUCUCUGAUAGCUCUAGUCAGAGAAGGAAAAAGGGGGCACUGUGCAUCUGAAUUAGUGGCCACAAUUUGUUUCGUCCACUGUCUAUCCCCUGUAGUUGAGUGAUCCUAUGGAUACAUCCCAUCAAUCUCUAAGGGAAGACAGGGAAUAUCAAGCCUUAUAUUUGCACACAUAUAAAGUUGGUUGGCAUCUCAUUCGAUUUGUUUCAGUGAUUUGAUGACCAAGCCAGUCAUAACAAUGUAUCUCCUAUAUAUGUGUGAGUGUAUGAGCUCUUGUGUUCAUUUUUUUUUUUGUACAUGCAGUUCUGGAGUCCCCAUAUCUUACGGUGGUCAGUAACUACAGUACUUGGGUUUGUUUCAGUCUCGUAGAAUCAUUCAAACCCUGACUAUGAUUACAUUUGUUUCUUUGUGAUGUUGAAAGAUAUGCAACAACAUAUGCAGUGAGCAAAGAAAUGUGUCGAAGUUACGAGAGGGAGGUGUCCAGUGUUUUAAAAGGAUGCUUUGGGAUUUUGGCAAUGAGGCCCCUCAUUUACUUCCCCAGAGUCAGAUGAAGUCGUGGAUACCAUGUGUAUGUCUCUACGUGCAGUUUGAAGGAAGUUGCAAACUAGCGCUAAUGCAAUUGCUAACUAGCGUUAGCAUAAUGACUAAUAAUCCCUUUGAUUCAAACGUUUAAUUUUUUUUCCAAGAACUUGUUUACUUUAUACUGUAUUUAAUGUACAUUCAUAGAAAAUGAUAGUUUGAUACAGAUUUAGUUCUAUCACAGCACUAAUUUCAAAAAAUCUUCUUAGAAAACAGAGGAUUUAAGAGCACUUGUUUGUUUGAGGUUUUUUUGUCCGAAAGGACAAUUAUAUUUUGAUCAUCUCAACAACACUAUUCAAAAAUGGUUAACCAGUGAGAGUAUUAAUCUGUUGUCCUGAGAAAGAUUUAGUUUAAUAUGCCUUGCCAAAUCCCUCGACCCUUAUAAUUCAUUAUUCAUUCAUAAUAACAGCAAUAAUUAUUCAGAUAAUAAUUGUUUAUUGUUGUUCCUGUAUUCAUAUGUUUACAACAGUUUGUUUUGUUGGGAAAAUCUAUUUUCAUUACUAUUUUUACUUAAUCAUCACAUUCGUCUUGACCUCUGUGUUAAACACACUUUCUGUUUAAUUGUUCUAGUAACAUUUUAGUAAACUGUUUUCUCAUGCCUUUUAAAAACUGAAGACGGUAUGGUAAAAGCACUGCAAAGUAAGACGAUUAUUUAGAAGUGAAAAUUCCAUACCAGCUCCUGAAAAGUGUUCUAAAUUCAGCAGUACCAGUACAACAGCACUAGUGAUUUUCGAAACAUUUUCACACAACUGUUAAUACACAAGAAGUAUUCAACACUUUAAAUGCAACACCCACUUUAUGGAGUGCAUGAAAUAUUGUAAUUGAGGAAAGGUUUACUCGCCCUGAAAGAGAUUUUUAUUUGCUGUGUGUGUGUGUGUGUGUGUGUGUGUGUGUGUGUGUGUGUGUGUGUGUGUGUGUGUGUGUGUGUGUGUGUGUGUGUGUGUGUGUGUGUGUGUGUGUGUGUGUGUGUGUGUGUGUGUGUGUGUGUGUGUGUGUGUGUGUGUGUGUGUGUAACCAAACUACAUGUUCCACCAGAUGACCUCUUAGUAUGCUCCUUUAGGGACGUUACCCCUGUUGUCAGAGGAACAGUGGGCAACUAAGUGGUCUAGAUCCUCUAAGAUACAGAUGCUGUUAAUUUGUUAGUAACGUAAACGUUCCAUGUGACUGUAACUCCCAACCCUCCACCCUUACUGCUUUCUCCAUGCCAUCCAUGACACUGAAGCAGUGUAUGUUCAGAUGCAGUCUCCGAAGAGGGGUAGUUCUGUCCUUUACAGUAUUCUGCGUAGUAACAGAACAGAUGAGCUGUUGUGACUGAUUUUGAGAUUAAGUCCCUCUGUUAGAGGAGUAGCUAAUGCUUACUCUAGGUUAUACACAAACUAUGACUGAAUGGUAGCUUUAGGGAUGGAUAGAAAAACCUGAGAGUAUGCAUAUCGGUUAUAAUAAAGAUUAUAAUUUGAAGACCGCAUACAGUAUAAAGCCCCUCUAUACCAGAAAAGCUACACACAAGUAAAUAUCUUCUAUAACCUGUUGUAUUCCAAGCCGCAAACUGAUUUGUGUUUUAUGCAAGAUGUCACCUUCAGAAAACAAUUGAAAGGGUUUGAUGAAUUGGCCUUUCACACUUGCGUACUGUAGUGUUGUACUGUGUUUGAUGUCAGUUCAUUGUGGGAUAGAAAAAAAGACCAUUUGUUUUGCAUGAGUAGCGAAAACAGAACUGUAAGUGGAAGUUAUUGUGAAAAGUGAGAUGCAUGUGUGUAUCUCUCAUUUUUUUAAAAGUUUUUCUAUGUUCAA